AUGCCUGGAUGGUUCAAAAAGAUGUGGUAUGGGCUGGCAUCCUUACUCAGCUUCUCCUCCUUCAUAAUGAUCAUCAUUGCCUUGGCGGUGCCCCACUGGCUGAGUGGGAAAAUCCUUUGUCAGACUGGAGUGGACCUGGUCAAUGCCACGGAUCCAGAGCUGGUCAAAUUCAUUGGGGACAUUUACUAUGGACUCUUCCGCGGGUGUAAGGUGCGGCAGUGUGGGCUCGGCGGCCGACAGUCCCAGUUCACGAUCUUCCCGCACCUGCUGAAGGAGCUCAGCGCGGGCCUGCACAUGACCAUCCUGCUGCUCCUCUCCCUGGCCCUGGCGCUGGCGCUGGUCAGCAUGGGCUUCGCCAUUCUCAACAUGGUCCAGGUUCCGUACCGAGCAGUCAAUGGCCCCGGGGGCAUCUGCCUGUGGAAUGUCCUUGCAGGCGGAGUGGUGGCUCUGGCCCUCGCCAGCUUCAUGGCUGCGGUGAAAUUUCACGACCUGACCAAGCGAAUCGCCAACUUUCAGGAGAAGUUCUUUCACUUCGUGGUGGUGGAGGAACAGUACGAAGAGUCGUUCUGGAUCUGCGUGGCCAGCGCCUCGGCCCACGCCACUAACUUGGUGGUGGUGGCCAUCAGUCAAAUUCCCCUCCCGGAGAUUAAGACCAAAAUAGAAGAGGCCACGGUCACGGCCGAGGAUAUCUUGUAUUAA